ACAUUACAUUAACUAUAAUUCUUCACGCCGUGCGUCGCCGCAGCCGGUUAAUCGCCUGGCCGCUAAGAAUGUUGGGAAGUGUGGUUUUGAAAGCAGGCGAGUUCUUCUACAUCAAAGUGGGAAGUGUUGUGUGCAAAAACUACAACUACCAGUGAGCUGUUGGGGAUUCACAGAGCAGCGACUGAGGUGGGAAGGGGAGCUGAGAUUGGAGGGAGUGAGAAACGCUGAGCUGAAAGCAGUAAAUGCCAGUCAGCUUGGCAGUACCUGAAUGUCUGUGCAGGAGCACCCUAACCCCCCACUGACCCCAGCACCAGAGUACACCAGCACCUUGCCUUCUUGAGCUAGCUGUAUUUUAAUAUAGUUAACAAAUGUGCCCCACUCCCUCACACAUCUAUUAGCUGCUUGCACGUGAUGAACAUGUUUUAAUAUUCAACACCAAAACCACUUCUCCCGGGGAGAGUUACUGCACUAAGGGUCUUGUUCAAUCUGUAAAACGUGCUCCCUGUGCUUUUAAUUGCACCCAAAGAUGUAAAGGCAGAGGUAUUGUAACAAAGACAGUAAAAACCAGCAACAAGAAGAGCCAAAGUCAAGCCAAACCCCUUUCCAAAGUAGAAGCCAGUGCACAGGAUCCAUUGCUGCUGUUUCUAGCUUAAUGUACACCUGAAACUUGCAUGGUGUCACACAGUUGUGGCUGGCAUCUUUAUUUCCUGAUGAGAACUGACUGCUUCCCUACAUUGUUGUUUGAAGGCUGUUGUGGACCCUUUUCCAGUGUUCGAAGAAGACCAGGAGAAAAAGAACUAACUUGGUUGCAGUGGUUGUCUUCUAAAUCAGUCCAAAUAAACCAUUUAAAAAACUAUAUAUAUAUAUUUCUCAUCCAUCAUUAAGCCAAUAUAUUCCACUGCAGGCCUGGUUUGUGUUCUGUUAAGCACUAGUAGUAUAAUUCUUUCAGUGGCUCCAUUGCCAGCGGUCUGUGUGGAACAGCCAGGGCUUGAAACCCUAGGAAUACAGAGAUCUGGCGACUACAGUUUGGAGCUGUCGUUUUUUUAACACUAUGCAGGUUCUACUAUUAGUAAUAGUAGCCCAAUUGCGUUCUGGCUCUCUCCCAGAGCCAUUUAGCUUGCACUGAUGAACUAGAGCACCCAGAGAGGGGGUAUAGAUGUCUUUGUGGGAAAGCCAUGGAAGGAGAUACCGAUCGCAAGGAGGGAUUGAAUGGGUUCACACUAGACUCUUACAAGAUUGAAGACCUAACCAAUGGCACAACAGCAUACAGAUCCGGACCUGAUGGAUUGACACCAGAGUAUCACAAGACUGAAGAUGAACCCAACAGCAAAUCGGCACUCAAAUCAGUACCUAUUUCAUCUCUGAAGCAGAAUGACCUUUUGCAGUCUCUCGCAGCAGGAGGGAAUGAAGAGCAAAACAAAGAGCUGAGUGCAGAGGUACAACAAGCACAGGAGGAAUGGGCUGCACUGGAGUCUAUACAACCAGCGAUCUCUGAAGACUCUGCUGGUUACACACCUCUGAUCUCUUUCAAUGAGGCUCUGCAGCACUUCCAGACCACAGAUCUCUCUGACUACAAGAAGAAUAUCCAGCCUACACUGCGACGGACUGGUCUGGCUGCCAUCACAUACUUCCUGUUCGGCCACCCACGGCUACACCGGGAGCUGCAGGAGGAGAGGGACUUGGUGUUCGCCAUCGCGCAGUGCUCCCUGGAUAAUACCCAGAAGGUGCACAUGCGGGUGCUGCAGACAGUCUAUAAGAAGCUGACAGGUGCCCGAUUUGACUGCCCCCGAUACGGAUGCCACUGGGAGCAGGUGGGGUUUCAGGGGACGGACCCGGCGACAGACCUUCGGGGGACUGGAUUCCUGGGGCUCAUGCACGCUCUCUACCUGGUGAUGGAUCCCCAGACGCUGCCCCUGGCCCGAGACAUCUACAGACUCUCCCAGCACCCAUCCCAGAAUUUUCCAUUCUGUGUGAUGUCCAUCAAUAUCACUCGGAUUGCCAUCCUGGCUCUUCGAGAGGAGGCUCUCUCUAAAGAGUGCAAUCGGAGACAGCAGGUUGUUGGGGUCCUGAACGAUUUCUAUGUAGCCACGUUCCUCCAUCUUUUCCAGAUCUGGAAAACACAGCACAAAACAAUCUCCGAUUCUGGCUUUGUACUGAAAGAGGUGGAGGUGUUUGCCAAGAAGAACCCAAAGCAGGUUCUGCGACGCUUGGAGAGCUUCCUGAGCGAGCAGAAGUCAGGGGGGACAGCCCUAGCAAUGGAGACCUGUUCCCAGAAUCCCUCUCCCAGCAUGGGCAGAAGGAGCCCCCGGCUAGACCCCUCUUCCAACGGCAAGGAGCUGAACUUCACUGGCGUGUGUGAGCUCCCGCCUGAGAUGGAGGGAGAGGCCAGGCUCAUCUGAGGUUUCCGUUACACCAGACGCAUCAAAUUAAAUAGCAGUUCUGUGUAGAAACACACAGCUCUCCCACCUUAAUCCUCUUGUGUGUUGUCACCAUGGGUAGCAGAAAACCAUAUGUGAUGUGUUUGACUUUCAAUUGUCAUUCUACUUGAUCCAUGCAAUAGCUACACCAGCAUUGGUGAAUUGUUAGCAAAUGCCAGUUCUAGUGACUUUCUACUCGGCAUACCUGCAUAAAGAAUUCUCAUGAGGAAGACCAGACCGAUAAAACCACAGUAGAUUCUGUUGAUAUCUUGUGGGGUAAAUUACCAAAUUAUCCCUCACUGGUACAUGCAUCAAUAGCAUUCAUUAACCAAGCCUUAUAUUUCCAUUCACUGUACAAGAGGUUUUAAUGAUGCAUCCUCCUCUGAAAUCUAUGUUUUGCUUUUAGAUAUUGUAUGUAUAAAAUAUUUAACAGUAUAAUAGUUUUGUUGUGUAUUUUGUUUUUAUUUUUUUUUGUCCUGGGUUGGAAAGCCCAUGAACCCGUGGCUAACACAGUAAAUAAAAAACAGCCACUUAAA